AUGUCUGAAGCUGCUACCCCAAGAAAGAGAACCUUUAAGACCUACUCCUACAAGGGUGUCGACUUGGAGAAGAUGUUGGAGAUGCCAACUGAGGAGUUCGUCAAGUUAGCCCCAGCCAGAGUCAGAAGAAGAUUCGCUCGUGGUUUGUCCUCUAAGCCAGCUGGCUUGAUGAAGAAGUUGAGAGCUGCUAAGUUGGCUACCGCUGAGAACGAGAAGCCAGCCGUUGUCAGAACCCACUUGAGAAACAUGAUCAUUGUUCCAGAGAUGAUCGGCUCUGUGGUCGGUGUCUACAACGGUAAGGUGUUCAACCAGGUCGAAAUCAAGCCAGAGAUGGUCGGUCACUACUUGGGUGAGUUCUCUAUUACCUACACUCCUGUCAGACACGGUAGAGCUGGUGCCACCACCUCCCGUUUCAUCCCAUUGAGAUAA